GGGCCACCGAUAUCCCUGCCAAGUUCCACAAACUCUUGACGCCAGGAAAAGUCUCCCAGGUGUUGUGUCUCGGGAACGUGCCGGCCCAGUCAUCUCUCACCUUUCUCCAGAGCCUCUCACCGGACUUUCAGAUGGUUAAGGGUGAGUUUGAUACCGCUGUGCUUCCAAACGAACUCGUUGUCAAGCAGGGAAACUUGAGGGUUGGGGUGAUUAACGGGUACACGGUCAUUCCCCAAAACGAUCCAUUGGCCCUUUUGACGGUAGCUAGACAGUUGGAUGUGGAUAUAUUGGUCUGGGGUGGUACUCACAAGGUCGAAGCCUACACUUUAGACGGGAAAUUCUUUGUCAAUCCGGGCAGCGCCACCGGGGCUUACAAUACGAACGAUAUGUUUGACAUGGAGGAUGAGCUGGAGCAUGAAGCCGAAGAGGAGGAUAAGCAAGAAGAUGAGCAAGAAGAUGAGCAGGAGGAUAAACAGGAAGAUAAACAGGAGGAUAAACAAGAGGAAAAGCAGAAUGAUGAGAGUUUGUUUAUAGAGCCAGUUGAACCAAACCCGACGUUUUGUCUCUUGGACAUCCAGGGGUCUGUGUGCACGCUCUACAUUUACACUCAUUUGGAUGGUGAGGUGAAGGUGGAUAAGAUCAGUUACCGCAAGGAGUGAAAUUAAUAUCAAAGCACAAGAGUGGUAAUUGACUUCGGCUUGUUAAGGUAGGUGUUUGGGCACGGAGAUAUUGGUGAGAAGUGAAUGAACUUGAGACAUGUUUAAAACGUUGAUAAUGUAAAAUCGUCUGUGCAAGUGUGUAUAUCAGAAAUAUAAAGUCUAUCCGAUAAUCGACGCUGCCCGUACCAGACUGAGGACCGACGAACCGAGCUUUCUUAAAACUUUAACCGUAGGCCCAACCCAGAUCGCUUUG